AUGUUUCGUCUAGCUACAAUAACAGUAGUAACAUUCUUUAUAUGCCAAGCUCAAAGUGCGCGUAUUUUAGCUGUCUUUCCCAUGCCAUCUAUAAGCCAUGCUUUAGUCUUCCGUCCAUUAUAUCUUGAGUUAGCCAAACGUGGUCAUGAACUAAUAGUGAUUACUCCAGAUCCUGCCUUCCCGAAAAACGCCAGCAUACCGAACCUAACAGAAAUCGAUGUUCACGACCUGUCUUAUUCACUCUGGAAGAAAUAUUUGCUCAAACAAAUUACUUUUGGACACGCCGGCGAGUAUUUCAAUCAGAUAGAAAAAAUGCUUCGAGCGAUGUCCAUUGUGUUCAAACACCAAAUUCAAACUCCAGAAGUGAGGAAGAUGAUUGAAGAUAAUAAGGGUAAAAUCGAUUUGCUCCUGUUGGAAGCACCUGCGAAGGCUUGCUUUGGAUUGACACAUAUUUUUAAAGUACCAGUGAUCUCUAUAAGUACAUUAGGCUUCGUAUUGGAUUACGGUGACUUAUUUGGAACACUAACACAUCCGCUACUAUUUCCCGUAUCGAGAAGUAUUAAGCAUAAUAAUUUUAGUUUCUGGGAUAAAAUUAAAGAAAUGUACGUUCACUGGAAAAUGAUGAAACUCCUGGCUGAACUUGAAAUUGAUGAUGACAAAUUGUUGAAAGAAAUCAUUGAUCCUAAUAUUCCGCCUUUAUCAGAGCUAAACAACAAUAUAGACUUGCUAUUUGUUAAUUUACGCGAUGUUUGGGAUACCAAUCGCCCCGUUCCUCCAAACGUGGUAUACAUAGGAGGUGUACACUCGAAACCUCCGAAAACUCUACCUCAGGAUCUAGAAACCUAUUUGAACUCUUCAAAGCACGGCGUGAUAUAUUUUAGCCUAGGCACAAACGCAGUUCCAUCUGCACUAAGAACGGAAUUAAUAAAAUCAUUUAUAAACGUUUUCUCAAAGAUCCCGUAUGAUGUUCUGUGGAAAUGGGACACUGAUAAACUACCGAAGAUGCCAAGUAACGUCAAAGUGUUCAAAUGGCUUCCACAAUCAGAUCUUUUACAUCAUCCAAAAAUAAAGCUUUUCAUCACCCAAGGCGGUCUGCAGUCUACCGAUGAAGCUAUCGAAGCUGGUGUACCAAUGAUCGGAAUACCAAUGCUCAGUGACCAAUGGUUCAACGUGGAAAAAUACGUUCAUUUCAAAAUAGGUGUGAGACUCGACAUGGAAGCCAUAACAGAAGAAAGGCUAAUGAAGGCAAUAAAUAAUGUUAUUGAAGAUAACAGUUACCGAGAAAAUAUCAAAAAGUUGCGAACGAUAUUCAACGAUAAGCCACAAGAACCGCUGGAGAGGGCUGUGUGGUGGGUGGAAUAUUUGCUGAGGCAUGGAAGCGCCAAGCAUCUGCGGUCUCCUUCUGCAAAUGUGCCCUUGACAAGAUACUACGAAAUUGACUUAGUUGUGAUCAUGCUUGUAGUAUUAGUCGUAGUUUUCGUAAUAGUUUUAAUGGCACUCAAAUCAAUUUUAAGCUUUUUCGAGGAGUCACGGUUAAGGUUAAAGGUUAACUCUGUGGUCAAGCUAAAAAUAAUGUUACGCGUAUUCGUUACAAUAUCAGCCUUCACGUUUUUAAUAUACCAAGUUAACACUGCGCGAAUAUUAGCGGUGUUUCCUGUGCCGUCUAUAAGCCAUCAAGUCGUAUUUCGUCCUUUAUGUCAUGAAUUGGCGAGACGUGGCCACGAAGUUAUAAUAGUCACUCCCGAUCCAGCAUUCCCAAAAAACCUACCAAAUUUAACAGAAAUCGACGUACACGACCUAUCUUAUACGCUAUGGAAGGAUUACUGGGUCUCCAAAAUCAAUAUAGGCCAAGUGGAUGAUUAUUUUAAUCAAAUGCAAAAAGCGUUGGAGGUAGUGCCCAUGAUAUUCAAAUAUCAAAUGCAAACAAAAGAAGUUAAACAAAUGAUAAAAGAGAAUAAGAAUAAAAUUGAUUUGCUGCUGAUAGAGUCACCGGCGAAAGUCGCGCUCGGCUUGUCCCACGUCUUCAAAGUUCCAGUUAUCUCUAUAUGCUCAUUAGGUCUAGUUUGGGACAAUGAUUAUGUGAUCGGCACACCCACACACCCCAUUCUGUUCCCUGGGGUCACGAGCUUCAAACAAAACGAUUUAAGUUACUGGGAUAAAAUAAAAGAAAUAUACGUUUAUUGGAAGUUGUCAAGACUAAUCGAGGAAGCCGAGAAAGAAGAUGACAAAAUGCUGCGGGAUUUGUUCGAUCCGAAUAUACCACCACUCGCAGAGCUGAACAAUAACAUUGACAUGAUGUUUUUAAAUAAUCAUGACGUUUGGGACACUAAUCGCCCGGUUCCACCCAAUCUAGUUUACAUUGGAGGAAUACACUUGAAUCCUCCGAAGGAUUUACCCAAGGACUUAGAAACUUAUCUCGACUCUUCAAAGAACGGCGUCAUAUAUUUCAGUCUCGGUACGAAUGCCGUUCCUUCAGCGCUGCAGAGCGAUAUCAUACAAUCGUUCAUAAACGUCUUCUCGAGGCUACCUUAUGAUAUCCUUUGGAAGUGGGAUGAAGAGGAACUACCGGGAAAGCCGUCGAAUGUCAAAAUUUUCAAAUGGCUACCUCAGUCAGAUCUUUUGCGUCAUCCAAAAAUCAAGCUAUUCAUAACCCAGGGAGGUCUGCAGUCCACGGACGAAGCUAUUGAAGCUGGCGUUCCAUUGAUCGGUAUUCCUAUGCUUGGUGACCAGUGGUUCAACGUAGAAAAAUACGUGCAGCUGAAAAUUGGCGUCAGACUCGAUAUGGAAACUAUUACUGAGGAACGACUAAUGGAUGCAAUAACAACUGUCGUUGAUGAUAAAAGUUACCGUGACAACAUCCAGAAGUUACGGUCGAUCAUAAACGACAAACCCCAAAAACCACUAGAAAGAGCUGUUUGGUGGGUCGAGUAUACACUGCGGCAUGGAGGAGCGAAGCAUCUUAGGACUCCCAGCGCCAAUAUGCCUUGGACAAAAUACUAUGAGAUGGACUUGGUACUACUACUACUUACAGCUGCAUCGGUAGCUAUAGCACUUAUAGUGGUCGCAAUAAAGACUAUUUUAAAGCUGUUCGAUAGACCAGUAAAAUCUAAAAAGGCCUAAUUUGCCAUUUGUAUCAUUUUAUUCAUUGGAAAGUAGAAUAAAGUGUAUUUUUUUAUUAUUAUUUUA